ACCGGGGGUUCCACGGUCAGUGUGGAGGAGCAGCGUUCGCUCGGCACUGCUGCCGGCUCUGUUGGUGAUGAGAGAGUGUAUGGAGGUUGUGAAGGUCCAGAUGCAAUGUAUGUAAAGCUGGUAUCUUCAGAUGGACAUGAAUUCAUAGUUAAGAGAGAGCAUGCACUCACCUCCGGGACAAUCAAAGCCAUGCUCAGCGGACCAGGACAGUUUGCAGAAAAUGAAGCCAAUGAAGUUAAUUUUAGAGAAAUACCGUCUCAUGUGCUACAGAAGGUGUGCAUGUACUUUACAUACAAAGUGAGGUACACAAACUCUUCUACCGAGAUCCCGGAGUUCCCCAUUGCUCCGGAAAUAGCCCUGGAACUCCUCAUGGCUGCCAACUUCUUGGACUGCUGAACUUUAACACUGUGGGCGUUUUUGUUUUUUAUCGCGUCAUUUUUAAAAACAAACUAAUUUUCAAUAGGCAAUAUCACUAAUUGCUUCAUAAUUCUAACUUAUUCAUUUGACUAGAUUAGUAUGAAUUUCAGGUAGAAAUUAUUUCAUGAAUAAGAUUUAAUGUUGGUAACUAUUGCUAUUAGGUUGGUACACCAGCACUUAAAGGUGCGUUUUCAUUGAUAAUUUAGAGCCAUAGAGCAUGUCUACUAACUAUUGAAAACGCACCUUAAGGUUAUUAUUUGCAUUUGUAUUUAUCAUUUAACUUUCAGUUGAGUCUUAAAUGAGUUUAAACUAAAACAUCUUAAAUUGAGACCAUUCGAUUUAAAUUGGAUCACAGUUCUUUGGAAACACUAACCAAAGGAAUCUGGCCACAAGAAAACCUCUUUUGGGUGUUUUUUUCUUUAUUCUUAGAAGUUGAUAAACAAAUAUAUUUUGUAAUUUCUCAUACAUGACUAAGGAGUACCUGUACCUUAACAGUUUUUAGAUUCUCAGUUGAAAUAAACUGUAUAUUUAUACAUAAAAGGGAUAUAAUUGUUUGUCUGUUCUUUUAAGUAAUAGUCUUAAUGCUUUUAUAAUUUUCGUCAUCAAUUUCUAAUUUGGUUUAAUUUUUUAUGUAACAUCAUUUUUCUACCAUUUGUCAAAAACGUUAGGAUAUUUGUAAUAAAAUGGUAUUUCCCUUGAAAA